UACAAUUAACUCUUAGCUCUCUUUUCCUAACUAAUUAGAUGAACUCCUUAAAUUAACUAUUUUUUUAUUCACAUAUUUGUGUCUCUGUCCCUUUCGACUUUUCCUCUACAAUUUUACUUUUAUCAAAUUUUUAUAUUAGCAAUUUGUUAUACGAUGUUUGAACCUUUAGAAUACCAAGAUGGCUCAGUUCCUGGGCUAUUCAAAUCGUUUUCAGCUUCUGCUUUAAUCAAUUUACUUGAUCAGGUUCCUGGUGAACAGAAAGAUCUUGUAAUCAGCCCCAAUCUUAUUCAACCUUUUGAUAUGAUUAUUAAUUUUUCACUGUUAAAGAAAAAAGGAGUGAGGAAAAUUUUCAAACUUGAAGAUGGACCUACUGAUGGAGCCUUGGAUAGGCGUUUAUUUAUUUCCAACAACGAUGCCGCUUCUACUCGUAUAAUUUGUAACCAGAUAAACGCUGAAAAGAUGCAGAAAACGUCGCUUAGAUACUGGAUCGCCUUUGUCCCGAAAAUUACCAAAAUUUGUGAUCUUUUACUCGAAGAGCAAGGAGUCUAUGGAUAUAUUAAUAUACUGGAUUUUCCGUUGAGUUUUAUUCCACUUGACACUGACCUUCUUUCACUUGAACAAGAAAACAUUCACGAUAUGCUCUAUCUUAGAAAAAAUCAAACAGCCAUUUCAAAUAUUUCUAGAUCAAUUCAACAUCUUUUUUCAAUCCUGGGCGGUUGUGCAAAAUUUACUGGAGUUGGUAAAUCAACUCAUAUGGCUUUCAAAUUGUCAGAUGCUCACUCGUUAACUACUGGAUUUGAUUUGCCGAAAGUUGAUCAUUUGAUUGCAAUAGACCGAGAGGUCGAUUAUUAUUCACUUCUACUUUCAUCUCUUAAUUACCAAGGAUUAUUAGAUGAAACUUUCCAAAUAAAAUGUGCAAAAAUUGAAAUACCAAGUGAAAUCGCGGCUAAGGAAAGUGUUCAAAUGCGUAAAUACCUGGCUCAAAGUUCUGAUCCGAUAUUCAAGCAUAUUCGUGAUAGUCACCUGUCCAUGGCUUCAGCUGAUCUCAAAAGGAUCGCCGCCGAGCUCAAGGAAAACAUGCCAAAGAGUCAAGAGAUGAGUAUUCAGGAGAUGAAGGAUUUCAUUCAGAAAGAACUUAAAAAUAAAAAAGCUUCUCAAAGGGCUCUCAAACUUCAUAUUUCAAUGUGUGAAGUUAUAAUGGAGAAAAAGAAGGAAAAUGAAUUUGGUAAACAAUUAACUCUAGAACGCAACAUUAUGGAAGGAAUUGAAUAUCGUGAUUGUGUUAAUCAACUUGAAGAGCUAAUUAUUUGUCAAAAGUCUCCUUUAAUAGCUCUUAGAUUAUUGUGCCUUCUUUCACUAAGUAAUGAUGGAAUAGCUUAUAAAGAUUAUCAUCAACUGAUGAAACUUUUCCUUCACAGUUAUGGUCAUCAACAUUUAGUGACAAUUUGUAACCUUAACCGUUUAAGGUUACUUUAUCGACAAGGAAAUCGAAGUCUUCUCUCAAGUCCAAACACUUCAAUGACCAAUGUAAUUAAUCAAAGUAAAGCCGCAGCGAUGUCAGCACUUCCUAAAAGAUCUCAACUUCGUACAUUGGCUCGAAAAUUCAAUCUUACCCCCGAACCAUCAGGAGCCAGCGAUUCAAAUUUAUCCAAAGAUGCAAGUUUUGUAUUCGGUGGUAAUUUUGUCCCGAUCGUUUAUCGUAUUGCUGAAAGUGUCAUCAAUGGCCCCUGGUCAUCGUUAAAAGACCAACUAUCACCAUUGUCAAAAUUUAUAACAACUUCAUCUUUCACCGAGAAAACCACCGGUGGGGCUAAACCUGUGAUCGCGGUUUUCAUGAUUGGUGGAAUCACUUUUGCCGAAGUCUCUGCUCUCAGAUUUCUGAGUAAACAGAAAAAUUUUGAUAUCAUCAUCUUAACAACUAACACUACUAAUGGUGAUAAAUUUCUUACCAAUCUAAUGGUCGUGUGAGCGUUAAUCAAACGAAAAAAAAUUAGAAUCAAAAUCUACUCAUUCAGAAUUAGUGGUAAAAUUAAUUAAACUGUUUCUUACUCAUCUCUCUCGUUCUUGCCGCUGAAACAAAUUGAUGGGACACAAAUCAUGUUUGGAUCUCCUUGAAAUUCAAUUGGAUUUCCACUUUUUUAUACACAAUUUAAUUAACUGCCUAAAUCGUGUAAAAAUUUUUUCAUAGUUCUGAUCGAUUAUUAUUAUAUAAUUACAAUUAUUAUAUCAUUUUAAAGGAAUAAAAUUGAAAUUUCCGAACAAUUUAUAAAAUCAA